AGAAGUUUGUUAUAAAUUACACAGAGCAAUUAAAACAAUACACUAAGUAUUUGUUCAUUACAUUUUUUUAAAAAAAAAAGUAUGUCAAAUACUAAGGAAUGUUUGUUGAAGUUAUUGAAAACUUCAAAGCCAUAUUUGGCUGUGAUUUUCUUGCAAUUUGGAUAUGCAGGCUCAGCUAUAGUAGCUAAAACUGCAUUGAAUAAUGGGAUGAGCCAUUAUACUUUUGCUGUCUAUAGAAAUCUCUUUGCUGCUGUUGUAUUUGCUCCUUUUGCUGCCCUUCUUGAAAGGAAAAUAAGGCCAAAAAUGACACUAUCCAUUUUCUGGAAGAUUAUGUUGCUGGGCUUGUUGGAGCCUGUUAUAGACCAGAAUUUAUAUUAUGCAGGGAUGAAAUAUACCACUGCUACUUUUGCAACAGCAAUGUGUAAUAUUCUACCAGCCAUCACUUUUUUGUUAGCUUGGAUAUUAAGGCUUGAGAAUGUGAACAUAUGGAAAAUAGGAAGCCAAGCAAAAAUAGUUGGGACAAUAGUAACACUUGGAGGUGCUACAAUUAUGAGCCUUGUUGGUGGACCAAUAAUUGGAUUGCCAUGGACCAAACAUAAUGUUCCUAGUACUACUACUAAGGUUGUUUCUCCCACUGAGCUCAAUCCUAUUAAGGGUGCACUCUUCAUUGCUGCUGGCUGUUUCUGCUGGGCUUGUUUCUAUAAUCUUCAGGCAAUUACAUUGAAGAAAUAUCCAGCAGGAUUGUCACUUACAUCAUUAAUAUGCAUGGCUGGGGCUCUACAAGGCACUGCACUUACACUUGUGGUUCAAAGGGGCAAUUUUGGAAUUUGGUCCCUUCAUUUGGGCUCCAGUAAAUUCUAUGCAUCCCUUUAUUGUGGAAUUGUUACUUCUGGGAUUGGUUAUUAUAUGUCUGGAUUAAUAAUGAAUGUCAAAGGGCCAGUUUUUGUCACUUCUUUUAAUCCCCUCAAUAUGAUUAUUGUUGCAAUUUUGGGUUCAUUCAUUUUGUCUGAACAACUCAAUUUGGGAAGGGUUGUGGGAGCUGCUGUUAUUGUUGUUGGAUUAUACCUAGUAAUAUGGGGUACUGGCAAGGACCCAAAAUCAGAAAAAAAAUUGAGUACUCAUGAAAAUGUUGAAUCAAAUAAUGAAAAAGAAUUAGCUGAGAUUAAAUCUUCAAAUCAAGCAGUAAUUGGAGAUGAAUCAGUUUAAGAAGAAAUGAAAAAAAAAAACUUAUGGUUAUGACUCAAUUGAUACAAGUAUGAGGUUUUACGACUUAUCGAGAUUAAUAUUUUAUGAAGAAGGUGGCAUAUUUUAAGGCAUUAAAUUAUCUACGUAACUGAUGCUUGACAAUAUGGACAACUACUUUUUCAAGAUUUAAGCCAAAUAUUUGUACUUGGAUCAUUUAAUUUAUCGUUAUCAAUUUUGCCUUUAAUAAUAUAUCGUUUGUACGCUUUUAUUUAA